CGGCGCGCGCGGAUCUCGCGCACGAACGCCUCCGCGAUACCGCGCUCACGACGAAUCUCGCGCCAGCCAUGGCCGGAUCGUCCUCCGCGCGCUCGCUGAGCACGCUCUCGGGCGUCGUCGUCCCGACGUGCGAGAACAUGUGGGGCGUCCUCAUCUUCCUCCGCUUCUUCUACGUCGUGGGGCACGCUGGCGUCGGCGUCUCGCUCGUGAUCGUCCUCGUCUCCUUCCUCUCCUCGUUCUUCACCGUGAUGUCGCUCUCCGCGAUGGCGACGAACGGGCCCGUGGAGGCAGGCGGCGCGUACUACAUCAUCUCCAGAGCGCUCGGGCACAAGCUCGGCGGCGCGGUAGGGUGCACGUACUACCUCGGCCUCUCCCUCCUCGCCGUCCUGGAAGUCCUCGGCGCGAUCGAGGUGAUGCUGUACAUGGACUCCGGCCUCGAGCUCGGCAUGGGCGAGGCCGGCGGCACGCGCGUGUGGGCGGUGCUGCUCCUCGGCGUCCUGACCGUCCUCGUGUGGGGCGGGAUGGCGCUCGUGUCGAGGGCGGGGCUCUUCUUCGCCGCCGUCGUCGGGCUCACCCUCAGCGCGUACUACGCGUCGCUCGUCGCCGCGCCGUUGCCGGGGUCGUCGCCGCUCGUCACCGGCCUGCGAGCGAGCACGCUGCGGUCGAACUGGGGUGAGGAGUACACGGACGGGAUCACGUUCAGCGACGUGUUGUCCGUGUUCUUCCCGUGUUUCACCGGGAUCUUGUCCGGGGCGAACCGGUCGAAAGCGCUGAAGGACCCGGAGAAGUCCAUCCCACGCGGGACGCUCACCGCGAUUUGCCUCUCCGCGUGCUUGUACACGAGUUACAUGAUCAUGUGGGGCGCGGUCGCGGACAGGGACUACCUCAAGUACGGGCCGUCGUUCUCGGCAGCCUCGGGACGCCGGAGACGGCACCUUCUCGGCGGCGGGAGCGAGUCCAUGUCCGUCGUGAGCGAGAUGGCGUGGCCGGACGCGACCGUCGUGCAAAUCGGCGUCAUCAUCGCGUCGCUGUCGCAGGCGCUGCAGUGCUUGAUCACCGCGCCGCAGGUAUUGAACGCGAUCGCCGCGGACGGCACCGUGCCGUUCCUUAACGUCGCCGCGCCGUUGAACAAAGACGGCGAGCCGCACAUCGCGCUGUUCAUGACGACGGGCAUCUGCCUCUGCGCGUCGAUGAUCGGAUCGCUCGACCUCGUCGCGCCGCUCCUGUCCAUCUGCUUCCUGUGCGCGUACGCGGCUCUGAACUUCUCCACGUUCGCGCUCGGGCUGACCAAGGCGCCGUCGUGGCGCCCGACGUGGCGAUACUUCCACUGGAGCUUAGGCCUCGCCGGGUUCCUCCUGUGCACGACGCUCGCGUUCGUCAUUCGGUGGUACUUCGCGCUCGUCGCCAUCGUCUUGCUCGCCGCGCUCGUCGCGGUGCGACGCGGGCUGGAGAAGGUUCUGGCGGAGUUUCGCAUCGACGCGGAGGUGUCCGUCGUCGAGGCUGGCGAGGACGCGGACAUGUACGCGUACACGCACGACUGGACGAUGCGCAAGGAGCAGGCGGAGCAGUUCCGCGACGCGCUGUUGGCGGCGACGGGCGGGAAGAAGGACAAGGACAAGGACGCGGGCGCGGGCCUCGGCCGCCUCGGCGAGGAUUCGCUCGGGGGGACGCCGGGAACGGGCACCCCGAGGGGAGGAAGGGAUUCGCUCGACGAUCCGUCGUCCGGGAACGCGACGCCACCGCGCUCCGGGGACGUCUCCCCGCCCGGUCGCGCGUCCACGUCCUCGCCGUCUCUGGAGAGCUCGAAGAAAGCCGGGCUCUCGCUUCGAAAAGCGUUCCCGUCCGAGAUUGACCUCGUGCAGGGGUUGGACCACAGGGACGUCGAGAACACGCUGCUCGCGCGACGAAGGCACGACCGCCGCAGCAACGAGUCCGCGGACGCGUCGCCGUACGAGCACGCGAGCUUGUCGUCUAUCUUCGACAUGUCGAGCGUGAGCGGGGAGAAGCCCGCGAAGCCGCCGCUGGCGCCCAUCGCGGACGACUCGCCGAGGCCGCCUCCGGCGGCGGCGGCGGCGGAGGCGGAGGCGGGCGAAGGCGCGGCGGACGCGCGGCCGAGCGUCUCGUCGGUGACGUCCGACGACGUGAUCAUCGUCGAGGAGGAGGAGGCCGAUACGAAUCCGCCGGCGGUGCGAAAACGCUCCAAGUCUGUCGGUUUCGUAGAUAACGACGUCACCGCGUCGUACUCCCCCGCGCCGCAGCCGGCGGCGACGAAAAAAACCGACGCCGCCGCCGCCGCCGCCGCCGCCGCGGGCGGCUGGGUCGAGGACGCGAGCGGCCCCGCCGCGCUGAACAAGAUCAUCCGCGGCAAGAGCCAGGACGCGCGUCUCGUGAUCGUCAACUUGCCCGACCCGGACGCGAUCGUGAUGCGAAAUCCGAGCGCGUACGCCAGAUACAUCGAGGCGCUCGUGAAGGGAUUGCCGAGGGUCAUCUUCGUGCACGGCACGGGACGGGAGGUGUACACGUCCGCGGAGAUGGGGAGCUGA